CUUAAUGUUGUAAGCUAAAUAUUUUUUUCUUUCAAUUUACAAUAUAAAUCAUCGGGACCAAGGAAGAAAAAUAGUGAAAAAAAAAAAGAAAUAAUGUGGAAAAAAAUAUUAAGGAGCCGCACAAAUUCAGCUUACUGCUUCUCUCUGCUUUCCGCUUUCACACCCACAAAACACUCUUCUUUCUUCCUUUCUUUCCCAAUUCCCAACCCUAUGAUUCCCGUAUUUACAUCCCCUCUCUCUCUCUCUCUCCCUUCUCCUUCAUCUUCUUCACUCACCUUCUCUUCUCUAUUUCCUUUCCACUUCCCCUCACUCUCUCUCUCUCUCCUCAGCUGCACUCAAUCCGAUCCCGCCAAAACCACCAACUAUCUCCUCCACCGUCAAAAAACAAUGGGCAAGGCCUCGCGGUGGUUCCGCUCCGUCCUCGGCCUCAAAAAGCCCUCCGAUCAACCCCUCCCCCAACAACAGCAUCCCACAAACGCCGCCGCUCGUCCCAAGGAGAAGCGGCGGUGGAGCUUCGUCAAGUCCUACCGAGAGAAGGACAACCACGGCAGCGCCUCCGCCGCGGCCUCGGCCAGGGUACUGCAGGGAGCUCGCGACGGUCACUCUUCCGCCGCCGUGAUGCCCCGACGGAAUGCGGUCGCGGAGGACUACGACGCCGACGAGGACGAGCGCUGCCGCGAGGAAGAGGAGGAGAAUCCGAAUGAGCGAGCGAUGGCCGUCGCGGCGGCGACGGCGAAGGUGGCGGAGGCCGCGGUGGCCGCCGCAAACGCGGCAGCGGUGGUCGUCCGGCUGACCAGCAGUGGGAGGUCCGCCGGGGAAUGUAGCGUCGUCGCCGGGAGCGGCGGGGGUUGCUCGUCGGCGUACGUCAGCGGGAGCCUCGGGCUCCGUGAGGAUUUCGCCGCGCUUAAGAUCCAAGCAGCUUUCCGAGGCUAUUUGGCAAGGAGAGCUCUGAAGGCAUUAAGAGCACUGGUCAGGCUACAGGCAUUGGUAAGAGGUCAUAUUGAGCGGAAGAGAACAGCAGCUUGGCUGCAGCAGAUGCAGGCAGUGUUGCUAGCACAGGCACGAGCCCGCGUUGGACGAUUGCAAGUCUCCGAGUCAUCUCAGUCUAGCGGCGGCAAAUCUUCUCAUUCUCAUUCUCAUCACCACCACCACCAUCACCAGGGACCAGCUACCCCUGAAAAAUUUGAACAUGGAAACCGUACCAAGAGUGGCAAAUAUGAACCUUCAUCAUUGCUCAAGAGGACCGGGUCAAGAUCCAACGACAACAAGCCACAUUCCUCCCUAAGAAGGUCAGAAACUCGAUCAGACCGCCGGUCCUGGGACCCUCGAGCAGUGGCAAUGGAGGAGGACGUGAAGAACAACAGCGACAAGAUCCUGGAAAUCGACAAUGGUGGAGGGAGGUACCAAUACCACCACCAUCAUGGCCAGGAUAAAAGAAGGAACAUGUUCCACUCAGCCAACCUAAGCUUCUUCUACGACCAGUACAGCCAGAGCUUCACUACAUCAAAGGACACAUGCCCGAGCCCCACCUCCGGCGAAGUCCAAUCCACAAUGUACCCUCCGGAGGUCGAUCAGGAAGUGUUCUGCACUGCGGAGAACAGCCCGCAGGUGUUCUCUGCUGCAUCUUCGCGUGGUGGGAGGAGGAGCCCCUUCACCCCCACGCGGAGCGACGGGUCAAGAAGCAGUUUUCUGAGUGCAUUCGCAGACCACCCGAACUACAUGUCUUAUACCGAGUCAGCAAGGGCCAAAGCCAGAUCGCUGAGUGCUCCGAAGCAGAGGCCACCCCAGUACGAGAGGUCAGGUUCUGGCAAGAGGUCUGGGGAGCCGAGAUCGAGCAGCGCGCAGAGGGCUUCUGCUGUGAAAUCAAGCUUCUCGAGUAAAGGUUACCCUGGUUCGGGUAGGCUGGACCAGAUGGGAAUGCCCAUGUGGCAGAGAUGCUAGCUUUAGCAGUAGAAUUUGUAGCCUUAGGCUAACUUAGGUUGAUCUGUAGGGGAUUGUUUUCUGUCACGGGACCAAGAAAUCUCUCUAAUGUUAUUAACAUGGUUUUGUCUUCAAGUUGAAAGGCAUUUGUCUACAGGUCUAGAAUCUAGAUCCAAAAGAAAGGGCAGCUAGAGAUGGGAGAUUUGGGAAGUAUGUACAAUGAAGUAAUGGGGUCAAGUGACUAUCUGUCGGUGGUUGUGUCGACGAAGUGAUAACUGAGGAAGGUGCCAUGUUUAUUUUUGCUGAAACGGAUGCAACUCUAUCGAGCAGAUCGGAUAACAAAAACAUUGAUUAGGAGACAUGUCAUGGGACUUGGUGAUUGAAGAAGCUUCGGAUUUGAUUUCAGCUAUGGCCCCCACGUUGGAACCACCACUUGUCAUUACAUUGUGCAGUGCUAGUGCACGGCCAUUUCCAAGAAUAAUGGGUAGCAGAUGGGGAUCCACUACAAGCAUCUGUAUAAUCGUAUGUAUAGUAUCAGUGGACCGUAGAUUUUGAAAACAAUUUGGUUUUCGAUUGAAGGAAAUGUGUGCUCACUUGAAUUUUGUAGAACUUAAAAGAAAAUGUG